GAGACAAUAUCUAUCCCUCAUUUCACCUCCGAGGGAGUGUCUGCUGUGACCAAGUGUGCUGUGCUGGCUCUGAUUGGUUACUGGCUGCUGUCCUUCCUGCUGCGGGUCACUGUGGCGCUUGUGCGGAGAGUGUUCUGGCUGAUUAAAGCAACUGCAGUGCUGUGGCUGUUUGUGCGGAUCGUCAGUGACCCCCUCGCCCCCCCUGAGGUCACCACAAUGAGACUCACCCUGCUAGUGCUCGUCUGCGCUGUGUUUGGAGUCGCUACGAGCGGCGGAGUAGGAGGAGGGAGUCUGGAAACCCGAAUCAGCAGUCUGGAGGGUCGAGUCAAAGGCAUGGAAAAGAAGAAAAGAGAGUGAUGAGCAGAUCAAAACAAGUAUACGGAUACGGACUCACGACAACAGAAGGAUGAGGACUCAGGGAUGACUUUCUGAGUGUUUCAUGUAACUUUCAAGCAGCCUUAAGAGUAUUUAUGUCUGAUUUAUCCUGCUUUGAAUAUAUUGCAUAAUUCACUGGACCAGAAAAGGAAUAGCUUUAUUUUCUCUGUAAAGCAAGAAGACAAAACUCCAUCAGACAGCUCUGUGAAUUUCAUGUGGUAUGAUUAAAGCUAUUCUUGAAUGUUGCCUGUUGCUCUAAUACUGUCAUUGCAUGAACAUUUUAAUGUUCAGUUCAACUGUACAACAAUACGAAAUCAACACAAUGAAGACACUGAUUAGGGAAACGUAUUAGGAAUGUACUGGCCUUAUUUGAGACAAUAUGGAUAAAAUGUAUUAGAUUUGCAUAUAACUAUCAUGCCUGAAUAAAUCUGGAUAAUUUGCCUU